CUAAAGGACAGAUGGUGGGACUGGAAGCUUUGCGCUGUGAAAACUCUAAUGUACAAAAUGAAUGAAACUCGGGAGGAAAGGUAGGAACAAGAUGACAUGUGAUAGGUUGUGAUACUGGAAGCAGCAGAUGUUCUUGUUGGACAUCUUUAGAAAUGGAAGCAGGCAGUCACAAGCAUGUUUGCCCAGGAACUUGUGCUGAAACAACGGACAGAGAUACUGCAUGCACUGUGCAGCAGUGGCUCAGCAGAACGUCUGGAAAGAGUUCUGGAUCUACUGUUGGCCCAGGGGGAGCUUGUAUGGGAGGAAUACCAGAACAUACAAGUACCAGGUAGAGCACUGUAUACCAAUGCCAGACACUUGCUUGACCUGGUUUACACGAAGGGUGUGGAUACCUGUGAAAUUUUCCUCACAGCUCUCAAAAAGGUUGUGCCAGAAGAGCAGGGGGCAGCAUUCUCCUCCUCAGGAGGCUGUUUAGAUCUCGAAAAGAAAGGAGCAUGUCAGAGCACAGCGACCCAAACUCUUUUGAUUCGUAGGCCGAGCCUCAUCGGCAAGCUACAAGACUGCAUUGAUGGUGCUCUAGAGGCUCUGACUGUGUCAGGAAACUUCACCUCAGAAGACUGUGAUGACAUACGGCUUCCUAUACACACCCCCUCUCAGCAGGCAAGAUGUUUGCUUGAUCAUGUCAGAUCAGUGGGUGAGUCAGCGGCAAAGGUGGUACUGCAUUAUAUUCAGCAGCAGGGAUCUGGAGCCUCACUGACCCAAGAGCAACUGACACCACCAAAAGAGCUGUUAAAGUACCAGAAGAAGCUGAGCAGUUCUGUGUCUGCCCAGUCCUGUUUUCUCAGUACUUAUGGAGGGACCAGCCACAUGUCCUUGGAUGACAUCUACACUGAAGGCCAGCUGGAAUUAGCUCAUGACUGUCCUGAUACACAUGGACCUUUGGGCCUAGAGCACAUAAUUGGUGCAGUGGGUACAGUGAAUGAGGAGGCUGACACGGUGCUGGUGUCUGGUGAGGCGGGCUGUGGGAAGAGCACCCUACUCCAGAGGCUGCACUUGCUCUGGGCUCGUGGGGCAGCCUUCCAGCACUUCCUGCUUCUGUUCCCAUUCAGUUGUCGCAGGUUGAACUCGGAGCACCGGGAACUGUCUGUCCAAGAGCUGCUGUUUCAGCAUUGCUGCUGGCCAGACAGGAAGCAGGAGGAGAUUUUCCAAUUCAUCCUGGAUCACCCACAUCUCAUCCUCUUCACUUUCGAUGGCCUGGAUGAGCUCAAACAGAGCUUUUCAGACGAGCACAGGCUCUGCUGCCCCACCCAGCGUGCACCUGUUCACAUACUAUUAUUCAACCUAAUCCAAGGUUCACUAAUGAAGGGGGUGUGGAAAGUGGUAUCUAGUCGUCCAGAUGUAGUGGGGCCUUUGCUGAGAAAACACCUUCGCAAAGAAGUCUUCCUGAAAGGUUUUUCCCCGAGUGGGAUUCAUUGUUUUGUUAAGAAGCAUCACAGUGACCCAACAGUGGCUGCUAAGGUUUUGGAGUCCCUGCAGACAAACACAGCUUUACUUGGACUAUGUCAUAGUCCAGUUCUCUGCUGGAUUGUGUCACAGUGCCAUAAGGAGUUGCUGGGCUGCGGAGAGGGCAGUUUACAAACAAUCACAGACAUUUACAUGAUGAUCUUGCAGCACUUUUUACAGCGCCGAAGCACCCUGGAGAACACCAUGGGGUUAGGUUGGCUUCAGGAGCACCUAAAAACAGUCUUGAAUCUAGGACAGCUUGCGUUUGAUGGGAUAGGAACCACCUGUUAUAUCUUCUCAUGUACAGAUCUGAAGACAUGUGGUGUGACUGAAAAGGAUAUAUGUAUGGGCUUUCUCAUUCAAAGCAAAGAUAUGUCCUCCGCCAACAGUAAACACUAUGAAUUCCUUCAUGUGACAAUGCAGUGUUUCUUUGCUGCUCUGUACAUUGUUUUGUCAAGUAACACUGAACGUGCGACUAUCCUCAAGCUCUUCGAGUUGCAGGAAGUAAGAGAGACGAGUCAGAGGGGCAAAUGCUUCGGGGCCUGCUUGCGCAAUGACCAACAAGAGCAGACUCAAGGGACAGAAACUUCAGCAGCUGAAAGACCAAAUCUUCAAAUCACAGCCACCUUUGUGUCUGGACUACUGUCCCAUCGCCAUCGAAGCCUAUGGAUCCACUGCUGCCUCAGUGAUAUGAUUGAAAAAAAGAUCAAACAGGUUUCUCGGUGCCUGUCCAAAGGCAUGCAAAAACACUUUAAGUCUAUCCCUCCACCUGUAGCUGGGGAGAAAAAGAGCAUGCACGCCAUGCCGGGCUUUGUCUGGCUUAUCAAAUGCAUCUAUGAGAUGCAGGAGAGCAGAAUUGCCAAAGAUGCUAUCAGUAAGCUGGAUGUGGACCACCUGAAACUGACCUACUGUAACAUUGGUCCGGUAGAGUGCACUGCACUGGCCUAUGUGCUCCAGCACUUAAGGAACCCUGUCGGCCUCCAGCUGGACAACAACUCUGUAGGUGAUGUUGGAGUGGAGCAGCUUCUUCCCUGCAUGCACAUUUGUAAUUCCCUGUACCUCAGAAAUAACAACAUCACUGAUCAGGGCAUCAGCAAACUGAUCGCUAAAGUUAUCCGGUGUGAAAACUUCAAGAAAAUUGCGCUCUUCAACAACAACCUAACUGAUGCCUGCACUCAGCACUUUUCUCUUCUUCUAAAGACCAAGCAGGAUUUCCUCUCUCUAAGGCUGGGUAACAACAAUAUAACAGCAGAAGGAGCAAAGCAGCUUGCAGAGGGGCUGGAAGUCAAUCAUUCACUCAAGUUUUUAGGGCUUUGGGGCAAUAAGAUAGGUGAUGCAGGAGCAGAGGCCAUGGCGAGAGCACUAGAGAAUAGUCAAUCUCUGACUUGGUUUAGCCUGGUAGGUAAUGGUGUAGGGAAUGCAGGAGCCUGUGCCCUCGCCAACAUUAUCAAGAACAGCUCGUCACUGGAAGAGCUUUGGCUGACAGAAAACUGCAUAACCAAAACAGGAGUGGAAAGUCUGGUUCAAGCCCUGGAACACAAUACACAUGUGAAAUCAAUAUGGUUGAGAAACAAUGACCUUAGUUCGGAGGAGGAGGAGGAGAUGACAAAACGUGAAUCGAGACUGGUUUUCUGAUUUUGCAUUAAGUUGAAAGGGGACUGUGUAUUGCUUGUGUAUUUA